GGAACAGACACUCUGGGCAGUGGCGGGAGAAGGACGUGCAGCAGCAGCUGGCCUGCAGGGUGUUCCAAGGAGCAGCCAUGUCCACCCUGUACCCAUCUCUGGAGGACCUGAAGGUGGACCAGGUAAUUCAGGCCCAGGCCAGAGCCGCGUCCAGGAUGCCCGCCCUGCCAGUCCAGGGGACAGCCGUCUCCCAGCCUUCAGUUUUGUACCCAAACCUGGCAGAGCUGGAAAAUUAUAUGGGUCUUUCCCUCUCCAGCCAAGAAGUCCAGCAGAGCCUGCUGCAGAUUCCAGAAGACGCGAGUACGGUGGUCUCGGGCCCCUCGCCGGGCCAGGUGGUGGCGCCGGUGUCCGGGAACAGCCUGGGCGCGCGGCGUGCGGAGAUCAAGCCCGGGGUGCGCGAGAUCCACCUGUGCAAGGACGAGCGUGGCAAGACCGGGCUGCGGCUGCGGGCCAUCGACCAGGGGCUCUUUGUGCAGCUGGUCCAGGCCAACACCCCCGCAUCCCUUGUGGGGCUGCGCUUUGGGGACCAGAUCCUGCAGAUUGACGGGCGUGACUGUGCUGGGUGGAGCACGGACAAGGCCCAUCGGGUGGUGAAGAAGGCAGCGGCGGAGAAGAUCGUCAUGGUUGUUCGGGACAGGCCGUUCCAGCGGACCAUCACCUUGCACAAGGACAGCACUGGCCUCGUUGGCUUUGUCAUCAAGAAGGGGAAGGUCGUCUCUGUGGUCAAAGGGAGUUCCGCGGCCCGCAACGGGCUCCUCACCAACCACUCCGUGUGCGAGGUGAACGGGCAGAACGUCAUUGGGCUGAAGGACAAAGAGGUCACGGAGAUUCUGGCCAAGGCUGGGAAUGUUGUCACCCUGACCAUCAUCCCCACGGUGAUCUACGAGCACAUGGUCAAAAAGUUGUCCCCGACCCUGCUCCACCACACCAUGGACCACUCCAUCCCAGAUGUCUAAAGCCACAGGAGGGCAGCUCAGCCCUCCGCCCUUCUGCAGGAAGGGGCAGAGUCCUCAGACGGGUUGCGGAGGCGGGCUGCCUGGGGGCGUGUUCCCGUUGGGGCGACAUCUGAUCACGUGGGCCUUAUUCAUACACAGGCCUCCUGGAGCCUCAGACUCUCAACUGGGCUCGGGCCCGGGCAGGGCCCCAGGCAGCCGGGUCUGUGCCAGUUUAAAUGCUGGGCACGUAGGCAGGCCCACUAAACGCUUCUUAAAGUUGUAGUGGGGUCCCUUUCAAGAUUUUGCCACUGCCAGAAAAAUAGUUCCGUGUUUUAAGAGAACAGAAAUAUAAUCUUUGUGAAAAUUGUUUCUUUUUCUUUUACUUGCUCUUUGUCACAAACUGUAUAUAGUUGUAAUUCUUCACUUCUUUUGAAUAAAGAUUUGAUUUUAA